CGUACAAGCGCUCACAGAACUGGAUGAAGCUGCUCCUCUAUUCGACACAUUGGAUAAAAACUAAAAAAAAAAAUGAAUAAAAACGACAACCUACAACUUGGACAUUGGCUUCUUCAAACUGAGAUCUGGAUCUGACAAUUUUAUAGAGCGUUUUAUGGUACUUUUUUAUUUUGUGUUUGGACGUGCAAUCAAGUUUUUUUCUUCUUCUUCUUCUUUUUUUUUUUUACCCGAACGCUCCACAAAACGACUUUUUACGCAUGAGGCGACCACAGCGGGCAUCACAUCGGCCGCAUUUUUUUUGCUAUGGUAAAAAGGGAACAUUUAGCUAUUACGCCUUUAAAUAACCCGAGUAAAGAGGAAAAGGAUUUCCUUUAAUUAACGCGUUUCUCCGCCCUCGUCAUCAGCCUCCAGCGCGCGUACUGUAGUCUCCACCAGGCGUAAAACGUGUUCCGCGCAGAAAACUGUGAACAAAAAUCGACGCUUCCUAGGAGUCAAGUCCUAAUUUGACUCCAGAAAACUGUCGAAAUGACGCUUCGUGAUCUAUCUUAAGGAGCCUGGAUGCUGGCGAGGACUUCCAAAGGCUGCAUGGGAGCGAACUGUCAUCUUAAUUCUCCCUGGCGUGGCAUCAUUUCGCUGGAAGUAAGCUUCAGCGUGGAAGAUGGCUUUCGACUUUCCCCCAGGAUAUAAAGCGUAAUCCCUCCGCAUGCCUGAUUACACCGUGACAGUGGAAACUCGUCUUUCAGUAAGCAGGUAAAGGAUGACCGCGGCAGCAGGUGUACUGACAGGCUUGGCCAAGCUAAAGCGCCAGGACUCAGCCCGCUCUCAGCAUCGGCCCAUACCGCUAACAUCACAAGGCUUGGCUAACCCCACCUCUGAGGCCGCCCCCAGGAAGCGGAAGCGACGCACCGACGUUGUGGUGGUGCGAGGGAAGCUUCGACUCUACUCGGCUUCGGGCUUUUUUCUCUUCCUGGGACUCAUCAUCCUGGCGAUAGGGAUUGGUAUGGCGACUCUAGGUUACUGGCCGCACAAUAAAGCCGCGCCGACAGGAGGAGGAAAUCAAGCGAAGGUGGAGAAGGGUGUGACCAAUGCAAGCCAUGAAGUUCAAGACUCGCCUUCAAAGCAGACGGGCGGUGCUCUGACGCGGUUCCUGGAACAACAUCUUCACUCUGAGAGGAUGAAGAUGCUUGGGCCCUUCACCAUGGGCAUAGGGAUUUUUAUCUUCAUCUGUGCUAAUGCAAUACUUCAUGAAAACAGAGACAGGGAGACUAAGAUCAUCCAUAUGAGGGACAUGUACUCCACGGUCAUCGACAUCCAUCGCCUCAGGCAGAAGGAGCAGAGGCAGUACCAUCACCGCAGCAGUCUCUGUGCACGGGAACUGGGAGAUCUUCGAGCCUUCGGGGCGGACACGGCGCCGCGCCUGGCCGGCAACUCCCUCCUAGCCUUUUCCUCGCGGGCUGCAAGCAGAGUUGGGUCUACGGAGGAGGAGGAGGAGGUGCUGCUGGGGGAGGAGGAGUUCCACAGACACAGAGGGCAGGCCCGGUUGGACUGCAGCUUUGCGGGGCUGCUGGCGCCGCUGUAUAAGGAUCGGCCCUUUUACGGCGCCGGGCUUGGGUUGGCGCAUUCAGAUUCGAUGGGACACCAGUGGUCGGUGGACGGAGAUGGGGAGAAGGGGAGACACCAUGCAGGGUCUAUUGUCUCCUCCUCCAUCUCGGCCUUCACCCUUCCUGUUAUCAAACUCAACAACUGUGUAAUCGAUGAACCAGAAAUGGAGGCGAUUACCGAAGAGGAGCGAGGAGAUGAGAGGAGAAAAGGAGAGAGACCAGGGCCUCUGAACUCCAAGGAGACUCUGGUGGUGCCCGUAGCUUCUGUCGCCAAGGCCUCCAAGCCGCCGGGCUUGCAACGCAGCAACUCCGCAUCCUCUUCCUCCCGCUGCUCCUCCUUCUCCUCCUGCUCCCUCUCCCCCGCUCCCUCCUCUACCUCAGGCUGCUGGCUGUCUCCUGGAGCAGCGAGGAGCGACUUUGGCUCCAACUCCUCUCUGCACAUGCUUAACAGCCACAGCCACUCCAAAUCCCUUGACCUGGAGCGCAGACCCAGCAUGCUUAGCGUGCGCCCGGAGCAGCGGAAACACCCCAGCUGGCCGAGGCUGGACCGCAGCAACAGCAGCCGCAGCCACGUCGGGAAAGCGGGGAGCACCAAGGGAUACACGCGCCUGGAGGACAGGGAGGAGCAGGGAGAGUGGCGCUCGGACACCUCGGCGUCCCCGACAGAGAGGCGCGACUACAGCAAGCGAGAGAAGCUGCUAAUGAUAUCCAGGUCACACAAUACGCUGAGCUUUGAGCAGGAUGCCUUUAACAGCAGCACGCUGAAGAGAGGAAGCUCUGAAACCCGAUUCUGAAGGUGCCAAAGGAGCAGCCAGGUCUCCUGUUCUGUAAAUUGUUCUUCACGUUGUCUUAGUGUGCAUCGGAAUAGAUGAUUUCCAAGAGAAGUUCUUGAACAAGGAGCAGUACCAUCAGUAAGCAACGCUGGAACCUGCAGAGCAGAAAAAGCCUCUCACUUAACGGCUGCCUGACUCCACAUGCCUUCUGUAAAACAACAGGGGUGCUGUUUUACUGCUGACCCGUGCAUGUGAUAGGAGAAGCUCCCUCCAGGGAUCAACACAGCAACAUCAAAUUACCCGAGUCCGCUGUAGUCUUUAACAAACUGGACCAGGUUCGACACUGAUGAUAAAUAAAGAUGGGGGCCUGCAAAUAGACACCACAAAGAGGCCCUCCUUGCCCUGCGGCCAUGUUAUAUUGACCUUUCCCAGGAACUUCAGUACAAAGACGGCAGCAAAUACCAACAGCUUGGUAUCUGUGGCUGUGGUUCUGCUACAGGCAUUUCCACUAACUGUUAGGUUAGAUUUCACUCAGGAUUAUUCAUCUCUACACACGGCCACACUUAGAGUACAGAACAUUUCUGUUCAUUGGUAAUGAUUGCAUUAUUGAACUUGGAAUAUGUUCAGAAACAUUUUUGCAAUAAUUCCUGAAAAAAAAACUAAGCGUCUAUCCAACCAGAGCCUUUACUGACUCAUUGUUUCUCAUUUAAAGGUUUAACCAACCAUAGCUGUACCCAAUCUCCUCUACUAAGAAAGGGAAGACUACAAAGGCUUUUUUUUUUUUACUUUGACUUAUGUUUUACAGUAUUUGCAGCUGUAGCUGGAGUCCAAAUAAGGUCAGGUUUAAACAAAAGGCUGAUGGACUCAAGGCUCUGUUUCUGUCCCAUGUUAUUUCCUCCAUGGUGAUGUCUUUUUAAAGCAAUCAUCAGUUUCUAAAGGUUGAUAAAUACUUUAGUCCCAUGGCAAUAUGUUCUCACGUGGUCUUCUGUUAAACUGCAAACAGAUUGAAUAGGAAUUGGUGAAACAGCUAGAACUGUUCUUGGACACUGAAAUUAGAUAGUAAUACAUCUGUGUACCGCUCAGUAUACAGGUGCAUCUCAAUAAGGAAGAAUCUCCUAAUCCAAUGCUAGAAAUCAAUAACAUGUAUUAUACAGAUUGAUUACUAAAGGAGUGAUGUGUUUCAAAGUAAUGAAAACCAAGAAAUCUUGAAGAUUUAAUAUUCAAAUGUCUAAAUAUUAUACAAACAAAGAUCAAUGACUCUAAUAGCAUCUAUUUUUAUUAAAUAUAUGUUAUAUUAAAAUGAUAUUAUGGCCUACACAAUCGCGAGGAAGACUGUCAACUAUACUAUGAUCCAGCAAACACCCUCCACAAUGCCACAAAAGAUCGCUGAUAAAGAAGCUGAAUACAGAUGAAAAGUUGAGUGGAAGGAAAAAGUGUGGUAGAAAAAAGCAAAAGAGACAACCACAGGCAAAGUCCAUUAAGAGUUUGGGGGAUCUUCAUAAUCUGUGGCCUGCUUUUAGAGUCUGAGCAUCAAAAUCCAACUCACAGAUGUAUUCCUUGUCCAAAGCCACUCCUGAAUCAGAGGCUCACUCUAUGUAAUGAAUUUAUGCCAUACGGGGGAUUCGUUUUUCAUAGAAUUUCUGAAGUUAAUAAAAUUGACUUCUUGACGAUAUUCUAACUUGUUGAGGUGCACCUGUAUUUUUUCCAAGUGUGGUUUGGUCUGCCAGAUACAAUCAAAGGGAUCAGACCCAUCUUUGUUGCCAUAUCUGUAAAUGUCUUUAUUGUAGCAUUUUCUGCUACGUUUAAAGCAACACGGUUUAACAGUAAAAUUAUUUUACGGUCUAAGUUGUGUUGAGAAACUUUUUACGUUAGUUUCUAGCAGUCUGUGAGUCACUGUAAAAAAAAUGUUUUUCUCAAAAUAAACUUUAUUUUCUCUGACA